AUGUCUGCCCAGAACUCUGCAGGUAUCCAGACCUUGCUUGACGCAGAAAGAGAGGCACAGAAAAUCGUACAGAACCGUACAAAGCGGAUAAAGGACGCCCGAACCGAAGCUCAAAAUGAAAUCGAAGAAUACCGACAAAGAAAGGAAGAGGAGUUCAGAAAAUUUGAGGCUGAGCACUCGAGUGGCAACAAGGUAGCUGAAGACGAAGCCAACAAAGAAGCUGAAAUGAAAGUCCAAGAGAUAAAAAAUAUUGGCAAGAAAAAGGGCGGCCAAGUCAUUGGGGAUCUCAUUCAUGCUGUUACCGACGUUAAUCCGCAAGUGCCACAAAAGCUUGCGGGGAAUUCUUGA